AUGGCAAACCACACAGUUCUUCACAGCGGUUACCACCAUCCUGUUUUACGUUCAUGGCAGACGGCCAACACGAGUAUUAGUGCGGAGAAUCUCAUCUACCCCAUCUUUGUCACAGAUGAAGAUGAUGAUGUUCAGGAAAUCACCAGUAUGCCAGGUCAGGCUCGAUAUGGGGUCAAUCGGCUUCAGGAAGCACUGGAACCCAUGGUCAAGAACGGAUUGAAGACUGUUCUGAUAUUUGGGGUACCUGGCAAAAUAAAAAAGGAUAACGUUGGUACGGCUGCUGAUUCUCAGAGUACACCAGCUAUAGUGGCCACACGCAUGCUGAGGAAACUUUUCCCAGACCUACUUAUAGCAUGUGAUGUGUGUUUGUGUCCUUACACAUGUCACGGUCACUGUGGUGUGAUGAGGGAAGAUGGUAGUCUGGAUAAUGAGGCCAGCAUUAAGAGAUUAGCAGAGAUAUCAUUAGCCUAUGCUAAAGCAGGAUGCCAUAUCAUCGCCCCAUCGGACAUGAUGGAUGGUCGGGUUGGAUCAAUAAAGAAGCUCCUUCACAAGGAGGGAUUGGGAAACCGUGUGUCCGUCCUCAGUUACAGUGCCAAGUUUGCCUCUUCUUUCUACGGACCAUUUAGGGAUGCUGCCAAGUCAGCCCCAUCCUAUGGGGAUAGGAAAUGUUAUCAACUACCACCUGGAUCUGUUGGUCUGGCAGAAAGAGCUGUGGAUCGUGAUGUGGCUGAGGGAGCGGACAUGUUGAUGGUGAAGCCCGGUCUUGCCUAUUUGGAUGUGGUCAGAAUGGUCAAGGCUAAGUAUCCUACACAUCCUUUAGCGAUAUACCAGGUCUCCGGGGAAUAUGCUAUGCUGUAUCACGGUGCUAAAGCCGGAGCAUUUGACCUGAAGACAACCCUGAUGGAAGUGUUGACCAGUAUGAGAAGAGCUGGUGCCGACAUCCUUAUCUCCUACUACACGCCACAAGUCCUGGAGUGGAUCAAAAAGUAGUGUUUACUGAGAUAGAAUGACUACCAUAAAUAUGCUGUAAAUUAUUCUUUGAAUCUUAAGAAUUUUCUCUACAUUAUCAUUAAAAAAACUGUUAAAGAUAUGCAUGGUAUAUAUACAAAUGUAUAUUCAUCAUUAUCAACUUGACCAAAAUCUAUGUAUGAAGUGAAUCAAAUAUUUUUUGCUUCUUACAUAUGUUGAAUGAAUUCAAAGUCCCCUUUGGUGAAAAAUAGAUAUUAACUAUAGGUUGCUCCAAAAGCUGUUGUAAUUGCCAUACCAUUACGUUUAUCAUUAUCUAUUUAUUAUUUUUGGUUUUUAAACUAGAGUACUAUAUAAGAUCUUUUCUAGAAUCUUGGCACUGUGCAGCUGACAGUCAGGAUGUUUAGUCAUGAUGUAUCAUUAUUGUCCCAUUACUAUAUAAAGUUAUACAUACACAUUAAAAAAAUGUUUUAUUUGUUUAAACAGUUUCUCUGGUGAUAGACUCAAAUCCUGGUAGCAUUUCCUUAUUUUAAUCAAUCACUGCCAGUGUUUACUUAGGAAAACAUGGGAUGAGUUGGUUGGGUUGGCAGUAGACAUAUUAAAGUAUAUAACUUGUGUGGAAAGCCCCUUGAUUUCACUGGGGUGAUAUUUCACUUUCACCUACUGUAUAUUCCACUGUUUGCAGAGUGUUUUUGCCUAUAUAAUGACGUGACACUUGACACAUAUAGAUAGAAUCUGUGAUAUGAACUGCAAUGCAGCCUAUUGUAUAUAUAACUGGUAAUUGUACAGGUGAUACAUUGCUGUACCCUAUAAAAUGAGAACUCUUCUAUACUGGCUCGUUUUAACUGAGCACUGGAAUGUCAGUACUGGUUUAACGUAAGAAAGUUAUCUUCAGACUAUUACAGAAAAAAGUCAUUUUAAGCCUCUCCAAUGCUAACUUACCGUAGUCUCUCUUCUUAGAUGUGGACAGAAAAUGUACAUUGAAAGUUCGUAACUUUAAUUCAUAUAUAUAAAAAAAAAAAAAACAGAAAAACAGAAAAAAAAAAAAAAAAUCCUAUGGUGUUUUCAAUACAUGUGAUUUAUCAAAUUACCGUUUUCAUUUACUUCACUGAUUUCCAAGUGUGUAGAAAUAAAAGCUGAAGUUAAUAUAUUUAUCAAAUAUAUGUAGCAUGACUAUUCGUAACCUGCAAAUAAACUUAUUAUCAUCUGUGACAAAUUCCUUAUGUAAAUUAGAAUGAAUUGAUGAUGGAGGUAAACACUGUGAAUGCUGUAUAUAUAGGGUGGUUGGUGUUCAGUAAUCUGUGACUAACAACCACUGUUUCUUUUUAUAUAUUCUGGCAUUUGAGAGGGGUGAGGUGGGGUGUAGUGUGUUGAGAUGAGAAGUUGAUCACAAAGUAAUUUCAAUGUGUGUUCUCACUGACAAUAUCUGCGUUCAUCAGUAGAUUCUGCGCCAGCCUGCGCCAAGUAAGAUUUGAUUCCAAAACCUUGUGAUUAAGUUAUCUUUGUGAUAUAGCCUGGAAAUAAGUAUGAUAAUCCAUAAAAAGUGUGUUUCAUAGAUGAUGUAUGGAAGAGUUCGAAAUAAAUGAUUUGUUGGUUAAAAGUAAUCAACUAUAUGACUAUUAAAAUGAGAUUGGAAAAAUAUGACAUUGAAAAAGUGCCUCAUUUGAGUGUUAGUUAUAUUUCAAUAAUUGUUCAUAGUUAAUAUAAUUUAUAGGAUUUUGAUGAUUUAUUUACAUUGUAUAACAUUGACAUAUUAAGAUAUUGAAUGGCAUUAAUUAAUCAGAAUUUUAAUUAUUUAAGUACCAGUUGAUGAUUGAAGAUUAACUUUUAUAUUUUUUUCCCCCAUUUAUUUUUAUUUAACUUGACCACUGUAUAAGGGUUAUCAAUGACCCAAGGAUAUGGAUUUAAUUGCCAUUUUCUAAAUAAUUGAUUUAGUCAUUUUUUUUUUAUGUCUACAUUUCAACAAUUUUUAGGAUAUAUUUCGUUCAACAUGAAAAUUUUGAUUUCCAAUACCUGGUUUCGUCAUUCACACAAAUUAUUGUUCAGCAAUGAAAAGAAAAAUUCCAUUGACUAGUUCUGUUGACUUGUGGUUAGUGUUCUACUGACUUGUGGUUAGUGUUCUGCUAAGUUGUGGUUAAAUUAGUGUUCUGCUAAAUUGUGGUUAGUGUUCUGCUAAGUUGUGGUUAGUGUUCUACUAACUGGUGGCAGGUGUCCUGCUAACAUGACUUUUGCUGACCAGUAGUUAAAACCAAAUUUCACAAACAUUUUACAACUAAACUGCAUUAUCUUCAUUUAAUGCCUAAUUACUGGACUGAACAUUGUGACAAAAGGUCUUGGACUAGGUAGUUGGUAUAGUUCUGAUGGGAACUACCAGGAAUCUUAAUUUCCAUGUUUCAUGUGAUACAGUUCUGAUGCCUAUGACACAUACUAUGUACUUCAUUCUUCAUGUCACAUAAAAAUACUUUUUUCGUUGACACACUGAAUCUAGUAACGUUUUACUUCAUUUUGUUGUCUUCAACUGCAAUAUCAAUGCCAAUGAUAGAAAAACAUGUACAUAUUUAAUAAUGUGAAAAAUGAAGUUAUUUAUUGUCUAUGUUAAUAAAUUUGUGAAUUGAAGAUGAACACUGCUCAUAUUUUUGAGAGCAAAAUUGUGUUCAAGAAAUAAUAAAUAAAACUGUUGAUUCUU